AGGAUGUGAUCUUCGUGGUGAGCUGGUGGGAGAACUGAGUCGUAAAUCACCCCAAUGGAUGCGGACAGUGAUGUUGCACUGGACAUUUUAAUCACAAAUGUAGUGUGUGUUUUUAGAACAAGAUGUCACUUAAACUUGAGGAAGAUUGCAUUAGAGGGAGCGAAUGUGAUAUACAAGCGUGAUGUUGGGAAGGUUUUAAUGAAGCUUAGGAAACCUAGGAUUACGGCCACAAUUUGGUCCUCAGGAAAAGUUAUUUGCACAGGAGCCACAAGUGAAGAAGAAGCUAAAUUUGGUGCCAGACGAUUAGCUCGUAGUCUACAGAAACUAGGUUUUCAGGUAAUUUUCACAGAUUUUAAAGUUGUGAAUGUUUUAGCAGUGUGCAACAUGCCCUUUGAGAUCAGAUUGCCAGAAUUUACGAAGAAUAACAGACCUCAUGCGAGUUAUGAACCAGAACUUCAUCCUGCCGUGUGUUACAGAAUAAAAUCUCUCAGAGCUACCUUACAGAUUUUUUCCACAGGCAGUAUCACAGUUACAGGGCCAAACGUAAAGGCUGUUGCCAGUGCUGUGGAACAGAUUUACCCAUUCGUGUUUGAAAGCAGGAAGUAAAUUUUAUAAUUCACCACUUGAUGGUUAGGUUCCCUAACCAAGCACCUUUAAAGACUGCUGCACAUUGGACUAAAAGCAAAAAAGAAAACUGGACCAACCAUAGCAGAGGAAUACAGACUCUUUUACUUGCUCAUGGCCACAGUAUAGACUCCAGUUCUUUUGGAUUUUACUCUUAACAGUGCUGUAUUGUAAAAAAGGAAGUUUACAAGAUAUGAAAUUGCUGCUUUUAAAAAGACAUUCUAUUUAUUUUUGCAGUAAUUUCUGUGUAUUCAUAAGCAAAGCUGUCACGAUGUGCACUACCUUUAAAACAUUAUUUUUUUUUAGUUUGAGCUUGUGUUUUAUUUGUGAAUAUUUUACAUUUUUGUAUGCUGAAUAUUGGGCACCAAAGAAGCUGUAAAAGUUAUCUUUUUCACCUAAUGAAUGUGCACAAAUAAAAGUUUGGAAAAUAUUUCUCUUCA